AUCUGCUUGCCAUGAGAGACAGCUCAUGGAUUCACAUACCUCAUGCCUCUGACCUUACAUUUGCAGGCCUGCUCUUCACGUGUCUCGCUAUCUAUGUCGCUUUUGUAGCCUGGGAUGUCUUCUUAGGUCCUCUUUCCCACAUUCCAGGACCGAAAUCGUGGGCAGCGUCAAAUGUGCCCAAGGCAAUCAUGAUUUGGACUGGAUCCGAGGCCCAAACCAUGCAAAAGCUACACGAAAAGUAUGGUCCCGCUGUAAGGACUGCUUCCCGCGAACUUAGUUUCAAUGAUGCUACUGCCUGGAAGGUCAUCUAUGGUCGCAGGACUGGUGGCAAGACCAAAACCUUUCAGAAGGACGACAAUUUCUACAUUACAGAUCCUAGAGCAGCCAGGCACAUCGGUAUUGCGGACGAUCCCAACCACACUCGACAGCGCCAAAUACUGGCAAACAGCUUUUCUGACAAGGUUCGUGACGGCGACCAAGAGCCUUUGCUCAAGCGAUGGGCCGGUGUGAUGGUCACGAAGUUGAAGGAAGUUGCUGCUGCUGAUAAAGCAGUCGACAUGGUUUCGUAUUACAACUACACCACAUUCGAUGUCAUGUCGGAUCUCACCAUGAAGGUCAUCUCCAAACUCAUAGCGAUAAAACAGCUACCUUUUAUGCCAUGGCUUCUCCCCAAAGUCAUACCGAAAUCCGUGCGCCGCAAACAGAGACAGAACGAGAAAUGGUCCGCUGAUCGAGUAGAUCGCCGUUUGGCUCGCGACCCUGGCCGACCGGAUAUAUGGACCGAGGUCUUGAGACGAUCGGACGACGGCCUGGGUGACGCUACGGCUGGCAUGUCGCUUCGUGAGAUGCAUACCAACGCCACGGUGUUCAUGAUUGCGGGCACGGAAACGACUGCGACGCUGCUCUCGGGCUUGACGUGCCGUGAUCGCUGGCAAAUUCAUUCCAGGAAAUGUCACCGUUUCUGUCCACCCUUGGGCCACCUAUCAGAGCACGAUCAAUUUCCGCAAUCCCAAAAGCUUUGUGCC